AAAAAAACCGUUCCACCCUACAAGCGGCUCCCCUGCGCUCGUCCCAGCGACAAAACUCACUCGCUACCUAGCAACCUAGCAGCAAUGGCGUCGUCGUUGCUGAAGCCACACUCCCACUGCUCCGCUCUGCCGUCCGGGAGAAGCAGCGGCAGCUGCCCCGCGACGGUGCACCUAGUGCAGAGGCCAGCCGGGAGGAGGGGCGACGCUCUGAAGGCGAGGGCGUUCCCGCUGGACGUGGUGCCGCUGAUGGUGACGAUGGUGGAGCACGUCGACAACCAGAGGGACUGGGUGGUCACCAAGUCCAUCUGGCAUCUCAGCGACACGGCCAUCAAGAGCUUCUAUACGUUCUACGCCAUGUUCACGGUCUGGGGCGUCUGCUUCUUCGCGUCCAUGAAGGAUCCGUUCUACGACAGCGAGCAUUACAGGGGGCAGGGGGGUGAUGGCACAGUGCACUGGUACUACGAUCGGCAAGAGGACAUCGAGGCGACCGCGAGGGGGGAUCUGCUGAGGGAGGAGCUGCUUGAGGAGAUCGAGCAGAGGGUCGGAGGGCUGAGGGAGCUCGAGGACGCGGGAAUGGAGGGGGAGCUUGAGGAAGCCAAGUAACCGUGAGACCCAAGCGUAUAUAUGCAUGGAUUGGCAAAACACCUUGCCUUCCUCCGCUGAAGUUGAGUGAAAAGCUUGGACUCUUCAGUCUUCAGUGUAGUACAGUAGAAACUACACAAGUACACAUAGCAAGAUCAUGUGGCAAGUUGUGCAAUAUACAUUUGUACAAGGCAAGAUAUACAUUCUCCACUAGAAUUGGAGGCACGCUAUUCCUUGCUAUGCCAAUCGAAAUCACAGAUUGAUUAACACCAA